AUGUCUUUCUCGUCGCUCGUCUCAGACAUCGCAUAUCGGAAUGCGGACAAGGAAGAAUUGCGCUCGCAAGCCUCGAAGGCGCGAUCAUACACCAGCACUGCCGCAACGAGCGUCAGCAUCGUGGGCGAUAUUUCAAGCCAAUUGCACGGAGGAUACAGCCAUCCGCUUGCAAGAGCAUGGCAGGCCGAACGGCAACUAACAAAGUCGAUGCUCAUUUACCCCCUCUUCAUAUCCGACCAGCCGGACGAGGAGACGCUCAUUCCCUCUCUCCCGAACCAGCAUCGCCGGGGCCUCAAUAAGAUCGUUCCGUUCCUGACACCGCUCGUGGAGAAGGGUCUGAAGUCGGUUAUUCUGUUCGGCGUGCCAGUUGCGCCGGGGGCGAAAGACGCUCUGGGCACCGCAGCGGAUGAUCCCAAGGGCCCCGUAAUCAAGGCCAUCCGGCUCCUCCGACGAUCCUUCCCCGACCUCUUCAUUGUGGCCGACGUCUGCCUCUGCGAGUACACUUCACACGGACACUGCGGUAUUCUGCGAGACGAUGGCAGCCUCAACAACGCUUUGUCGGUAGACCGCAUUAGUGAUGUGGCUAUGGCUUACGCGACGGCUGGCGCUCACUGCGUCGCCCCGUCAGAUAUGAACGACGGGCGUAUUCGAGCAAUCAAACUCAAGCUCAUUGAGGCUGGCAUUGCACAUCAGGUAGUGCUUAUGUCAUACUCUGCCAAGUUUUCUGGAUGCCUCUACGGUCCUUUCCGCGAUGCCGCGGGAUCUUGUCCUUCAUUUGGCGACCGGCGAUGCUACCAGCUUCCGCCGGGCGGUCGUGGUCUGGCACGGCGAGCUAUUACACGCGACAUCAACGAGGGGGCGGAUAUCAUCAUGGUGAAGCCUGCCAGCCAGUACCUCGACAUCAUCAGCGACGCGAAGGAAAUUGGCAAAGACAUGCCCAUCGCGGCGUACCAAGUGUCUGGCGAGUACGCCAUGAUCCACGCCGCAGCGAAGGCAGGAGUGUUCGAUCUAAGGACGAUGGCUGAGGAGGCUACCCAGGGGAUUCUGCGAGCCGGUGCUUCGAUUGUCGUGAGCUAUUUCACUCCCGAGUUCUUGGAUUGGUUGAGCACUUAA